CGAUAACAUCAUACCUCUCUCGUACCUUCACAAGUACUCAUCCUCAUCAUUAUCAAUGGAUUCCUUCGAGUGGGUCGCAACUGUCGUGUCGGAGAAGACGGUCGAGGGUGACGAACUUUCUGCCUUGGAAGGCACCGUCAAUGAGGCGUCCCACUCUUCGGGCACCAUAAGUCUUCUAUCGAUCCAAUACGCAUACAUAAUACCCACCUUUUGCCUUUGUAGACAUAUUUUUCGCACUAAUACGCGGAGUAUUCGCGUUUACAUUCGUAUCAUUCGUAUUGCCGGCAUUGCUGCCUUAUGUCACGGAGAAUAGAGUUGGACUGUCUGGGAGUUGACGCGUGGAAAAUGAAAGUGCUUUAGCACUGAGAGUCGCCAGGAGUAGAAUUGCAGACUACCUUCGACCUUCCGGUUUGCGAUUGGCAAUUUUAUUGUUAUUCUAUGUUUGGCAUUAGAUUGGAUGUGUUACAAUCAUACUCAC